AUGGCUGAACCGAAGACGGGUGAGCACGUUGUUGCAGAUGGCUUCGACUUUCCUCUUUUGUUUGUUCCGGAGCUGAGCCCGCCUCCGCCGCCGUUGGUGUUCACAUUAACUAUUAGAGUAGCUCGUUAUGUCUACAAGCUUGAUGAUGGAAGCGAGCAAGUUGUUGACAAGCAUGAUGUUGUGUUUGAUUUCAACAUUUCUGGCAAAGAUAUAGCACAAAAAGAGAUUUAUGGUAGCAUGAGCCAAAGUUUUCAAUAUUUGUUUAACUUCAAAGCGGAAGUUGAGAAGAGAUCCCCAGGAAGCAUUGUGGAGGUGGAUAUGAAGAUGGUUAACGGUAUAGUUCGCUUUAACCGAUUCUUUAUGGCUCUUAAACCUUGCAUUGAUGGCUUUAAAGCUGGUUGUAGACCAUAUCUUAGUAUAGACUCAACUGCACUCACCGGUAAAUGGAGAGGUCACUUAGCCGCUUGUACAACAUUAGAUGGGCAUAAUUGGAUGUAUCUUGUAGCAUUUGCAUUCAUUGAUGGUGAAACCGAUGAAAAUUGGACAUGGUUCAUGUCACAACUCAACAAGGCAUUAAGUCCUGUUUCCCCUCUAGCUAUAUGCACAGAUGCAUGUAAAGGUUUAGAGAAUGCAGUCCAAAAAAUAUUCCCUCAUGCAGAUCAAAGGGAGUGUUUUAGGCAUCUCAUGGCUAACUUCUCUAAAAAGUUCCAAGGAGAUGUGUUUGGCAGAAUGUGGCCAACUGCUAGGGCAUAUAGGCCACAAGUUUUUAACUACCACAUGAAUAAAAUCCUAGCAGAAGCACCUGAUGUGCAUGAAUAUCUCUCAAGAUACCACAGCUUAAAAUGGAUGAGAUGCAUGUUUGACCCCUCCAUUAAAUGUGAUUACAUCAACAAUAACCUUGCCGAGUCUUUUAAUGGUUGGAUUAAAGAUUACAAAGAUUUGCCACCUGAUGAGCUAGCUGACACUCUUAGAGAGCUAGUCAUGAAACUUCAUGAGAAAAGGAUAAAGAUUGGAAUGAAACUGAAAGGAAAAAUUAUUCCAGCCAUCAUCCAACAAAUUCAUAAUAGGACAAGGGGACUUAAACAUUUGAAAGUUGGGAAAUCUGGAGUUGCAAGUUAUGAGGUGAGGGACACAAGUAAAUACAACUUGCGACAUGUUGUGAAAACUGACCAAAGCGAGUGCACGUGCUUGGAGUGGCAGCACACAGGGAAGCCUUGUGAGCAUGCACUUGCUUUCUUGCUAGAUAGAAGGAACCCCAGAUGGGAGGAUUAUGUGCAUGACUAUUUCUCUCUGGAGAAGUUUCGGGCAACAUAUGCUGGAGAGAUUGAGCCAUUGACAGAUAGGUCUCAAUGGCCACAUGUACAAUUUCCAUUUGACAUGGAGGCUCCAUUAGACAAGAAAAGAGGGGUUGGAAGGCCUAGAAAGAACAGGUACAAGAGCUUCCUCGAAGGUGGAGAUGGUGGUCCUAAAAAGAAGAAAGAGCCAAAACAGCUAGGCAGCAAGAAUAGAUGCAAAAGAUGCCACAUUUUAGGCCAUAGGCAGUCCACAUGUCCGUUGAAUGGACCAAAGCCAAGGAAAAGAAAGAAGAGAGCAACAAGGUAUCCAGCUGAUGAUGAUGCCUCGGCACCAGAACCUGAAGUGGCAGCCCCACGACUUGAAGUUGUUGUGACUACCAAUAGGGACAUGAUCACUAUGCCACUUAGUCUUCAAGGCAGUCCCAAUCCAGUGACAAGAAGGAUGUUGGCUACGGCGUUGGCUGAUGAGGCAACACAUGCAGCACCACAACUUGAAGUUGUUGUGACUCCUAAUAGGCACAUGAUCACUAUGCCACCGAAUCUUCAAGGCAGUCCCAAUCCCGUGACUAGAAGGAUGUUGGCUAUGGCAUUGGCUGAUGAGGCAUGGCAGCAACCUACCCCAACUGUGAAGGACACCACGAUGGCAUAUGACAUGGCCUCAACCUCGAAAGCUAGGAAGUUGACCCCGAAGAGAAGGAAGAUCUAG